AUGAAUAUGAUCAAAACGGUGAUCGCAUCCUCAUCGGGCGCAUCGUCAAGUGAUGAUCGCAGACACCAAACCGUUAAUACUCAUUCGUCAACUAAUAAUAAGUCAUACUCACGCUAUUGUGCAUAUCACAUGAAUCGAGGUCGUAUCCGUAGAAAAUUUGAUAAUAGUAAUAUGGAUAACGAUAGCGAUAGUAAUAACAAUAAUAGUAAUCAACUUGGACCAAAAUUAUCGGUGCAACGCUCAGCGAUAUUCGCGUUGCUUGAAAAGUUAGCAGAAGAGAAUGAGAGAUACUUCAUGAAGCAGUCAGUAAAUAGUGAUUACAUGAAACGAUUGCAGAAGGCAUCCAAUGAGAUACUGGCAUGCUCGUCGACGAUUCAGAGAGUGAUUCAUGAAUUGCAAACACUCGCACCAAAAUACGAUUACGAUGAAAAGACACCUGGAAACGGCUUCAGGUCGUUGAUAUGUGUAUGUGAUCAGAUAGUGUUGCAUUUGAUAUCGCUGCUAAGAGAUUGCUCUGAGUAUCGACACGCCUCACUGCUGUCGUUUCAUCGUAUUUCGUAUCUGUGUCGUGAAUUGGAGAGUUAUUGUGCCGCAAUGAAAUUCGUUCUCUUGGCCACUCAACAGGUAUUAGAAACACAAGAGAAGUUAGCCACAGACUCGCUGUUUCCGCCGUUGGAAGAUGAUUAUAGGAAAUAUGAGGGUUUAAUGAAGAGCAUCGAGGCACUGGAUGCGUCGUGUUUCUAUGGAAGGCCGUUGGGUUUUCAGUUCACUCCAUCGAUCGGUCGAAUAUUUCGAUUCAUUGGCGUAAUAUUGGCCACAUAUAGUUUGUCGUGGGAGAAGGGUCAGAGUGCGUUCGGUUCGCUGAUCAGCUCGGGCAGAUUCAUAGUGAGUCCUGAGGAACGGGCGGCACGCAUUCUUAAGGUGACACGUGAGGCAGACAUCGAUUUCUGUAAGGGAUUUUGGAAUCUGUCUGAACUCGGAAAUGUGAGUAUUAUUAUUAUUGUAUCGCAAUUGUUCUGUCCGAAUAUGGCGGUGAACGAUGUGAGGGAGAUAAAUUUUAUUGGUCCGAUAUCGAUGCAGAGCAAUCAGAAGAUUAAUAUUGGUAGUAAUGACGAGGACGAUAUUAAUACUGAUAACGUUAGUGAUAAUGGUAUUGAGAGUGCGAGCGGUAGUUCAUUAUGUGUACGGUCAUGUUCGUGUCGUUUGUCAAGCAAAGAGAAGUCGGGUUUUGGUAUGGUUCGAAUACCCGAGCCAUCAGCACAUACUGGCGUUAGACCGGUGAGAUUACGAGUACUCUCGUAUGCACAUCGUGAAGCAUUGAAUCGGCCAGCCACAUCAACGUCAUUCAUAUCGCCGUCGUCGUCGUCGUCAUCAAAAUUCCGUACGGCACAACACGAAUCACUAUCGCCAUAUCUACUGUUUCAUUGUCACGGUGGUGGUUACGUGGCAACCACAUCGAAAUCUCACGAGACAUAUCUGCGAACGUGGGCAAAGCAAUUGAAUUGUCCGGUCGUCUCGAUUGACUACUCUUUAGCUCCUGAAAAUCCGUAUCCUCGCCCUACCGAAGAAGUACUUUAUGCUUACGCAUAUAUCGUGAAUAAUCCGUCUGAAUUUGGGUGGACAGGUGAACGAUUAUGCAUGGUUGGUGAUUCAGCUGGUGGUAAUUUAAUAAUGUCAGUGAAUUUACGUCUGAUUGAACUGAAUGUGAAACGAAAACCGGACGGUUUGGUGCUUUGUUAUACUCCGUUUUUAUUUCAAUACCUGCCGUCACCUUCACGUUUGCUCAGUUUCAUGGAUCCGUUGCUUCAUAUGGGUGUUGUUUUGCGUUGCGUUGAUGCUUAUACAAGGCAAACAAAUGAAAUUGAUUCGGAGUCGUCAACGAGCAGCAAUUCAGCGGUGCGUGCUUCUUGCAAGAACUGCAAUACAUCUACUGCUUCAUUAUCAUCAUCAGGUAAUCAUAAAACUGAUCAGACGAAUCGUCGCCAUAAGAGUCUAUUGGAAUAUGUGGAACAAGUGCAGCGUGCAGCUCAGCAAAAAAGGACUGCAGCUGCAGCUGCAGCAACAGCUGCAGCGACACGUCGUAAUGGUAUGCGUAGUGGUGUGCUUAGUGCAGAUCAUCGAGCAAAAUCAACUGCGCACAAUUUCGAGAGUUCGAAUCGCCACAGUGUAUACUGCGAUAGAGGUUCGAAUCGCGAAAGGAGUGCGAAUUGCGAUGAAGGCACGAAUUGCGAUAGAGUUGCGAAUCGCGGUAGGAGUGCAAAUUGCGGUGAAAGUACGAAUUGCGAUAGAGUUGCGAAUCGUGGUAGAAGAACUAUGAAGAGCCUCUCAGAGCGGUUAAUAGAGCGUGUAAGAGUAGGUGCAUUGAAGGGCUGUUCGUCGUCGAUCGUCUCAUUGCUGAAUCUUGCUGGAACGCCACCAGAUGGAACAGCAGCAUUAGCGACAACAACUCCUCGCUCAGCUACUCUUUCUACUGGUCUGUCAGCAGCAGCAGCAGCAUCUCAAGCCACAUCGUCGUCACUAUCCGAGUCAUCUGAAAGCGAAUCAGUUGCAUCAUCGAGUCCGUUCCCGUCACCGUUACAAUCGCCCUCCGACGCACAACCACCGACUCGAAUCGACCAACUAACAACACAACAACAACGACCACAAGAAACAAUCCCAAAAGAUAGUGAGGGCGUGAGCGAAGUUCAAAAUAAAGCAACUGAUCCGUUAAGCAUUCAUAUUUCAUCGUCAAGUCCAUAUCACCGUAAAUUAAUUCGCUAUUUGCGCUCACAUCAACUUACAAAACACUCGCUGACGAUUAUAAAUAAAAACGGAUCUGUUAUGGAGGGGGACGAUGCAGAUGACAGCAAUGAAACGAGUGAAGUUAAUGCUGAUCUGGAGGAUAAUUUUAAUAUGAAUAAUAGUAAUAAUAUUAAUAAUAAUAAUAAUGCUACAAGUGUGGAUGCAGUUGAGAGUGGUCCCCAACAAGGUUCGUCUACAACAGCAGAUAAUCAAGAAGUAACACAAGGGGAAGAGGGCCGCCAUGGUGAGGAGCACGAUGAUGUGCACGCUGUUAAACGGGAUGAUUUAAGUUUAAACUUAACAGCAAAAAAAUUUGUGAUGAGGACGCGAACAGCGCAUUUGACUGCGCUCGCUAUUGACAACAUCUCGAACUGGUUCCAUCGCAAAGAAACUCAAAUUGAGGCUGAUAAUAAUGGUAAUCAGAAUGUGGUUAAUACUACUGUUGUGGAAGACAGUGGCGACGAUAAAACUGAUGAUGCUGCACGUGAUAUUAAUGGAGAUGAUUAUGGUAUUGAUAAUGUUUAUAAUAAUGGUGAUAUUAAUAUUCACAAUAAUAAUGAUAAGUUAAAACUGGAUCGUACAAGCAACAAGCUUUUUGGAGUGUUACGACGCAACAAUGCUCAUCGUCAUCAUGAUAAUUAUAACAGUAAUAAUAAUGGUAAUGGUAGUAAUAAUAAUGGUAAUUGCGAUAAUGUGGAACAAAUUAAAGUGGAUGGAUUUGGUGCGAUGAAGGAUAGCUGUGGAGAUAGUAAUAGAUGCGACGAGACUGAAUAUAAUCAAGGGGAGAGUGGAUCUUCACAAUUGGAAAACUUGUUGAGACGUGAUGUACCUCGUGAGCCAUUGAUAUCCCCGAUAUAUGCAUCUGCUGAGCAACUGAAACAGUUACCGCCAAUGUGGUUCAUUGCAUGCCAUAUGGAUCCACUACUCGACGAUACGAUUGAGUUUGCGCGUAAAGUACGUGCGAGUGAUGGUCGAGUUGGUGGGCUGGACCUGUUGGAGAGUUUGCCGCACGGCUUUUUGAAUUUUACAUUGAUGUCAGAGGAGUGCCGUGAUGCGGCCAAGCUGUGUCUGAUGCGUAUUCGAGAGGCGUUCGGAAUGGGAAUGAAGCGAAACAAGACGACAUUGCAUUCAGCACAAAAAUUAUCAUCUGAAGCAAAUGAACACGAUUACUCAUUCAAACGUGCCUCCUCAGCAACAGAUAAUAUGGAUGAGUUGUUGAGUGAUGAUCAGAAGUAA